UAUCUGAUUUGUAUUUAUUUUUGUACCGUGCUAUUUUUUAAGUAUUCGGCUUUUCUUUUAUACAAAAACGUCGCUUCCAAAAUAGAAGACAGAGAAGUAUUUGCUGAUGAUGAAGAGAUUAAAGACUACUUUAGCAAUAAGCGAUAACACUAACGGCAAAUAAAAUUCAUGAUGAGCCUCCGGGGUAUAAAAUUGGUCACAUUAGAUGCUACAAAUACAAUAUUAAAGUUCCGGGUACCCCCUUGGCAGCACUAUGCAGCAGUAGCACAGGAUUUUGGCUUUAUUGUGGACGCGCAACAAGUUAAAAAGCAGAUGUUAGGCGGCUUUAAAUCUAUGUCAAAAGAUCACCCUAAUUUCGGUAGAAAUACUAUAGCUUGGGAGGAGUGGUGGAGAAAACUUGUACAAUCAUCGUUUACAGGACUGCUGCCUUCAUCGACAAAUGUCAAUGACAUCGCAAACAGGCUGAUAGAAGACUUUAAAACUACAAAAUGCUGGAAACGUGCAGACGGUGGUGAAAAACUGCUAAAGUUAUUGCAUGACAAAGGUGUAUCCGUCGGUGUCAUCUCUAACUACGAUCCCAGACUUCGUGAAGUACUGCAGAAUAUAAAUUUUGGUAAUCAUUUUGAUUUUAUUGUAACAUCUUAUGAUGUCGGGUUCAGUAAACCUGACAAGAAUAUUUUUAACCACGCUAUGCAACUGAACAAGAAUUUGGUGCCGGAGCAGUGUCUCCAUAUUGGGGAUGACGUGGAGAAGGAUUAUGAAGGGGCGCGGGCAGCUGGCUGGCACGCCGUGCUGGUCGCUGCGGAGUUGGCUGAGACACCACCAGCUGGGAAGCAUGUGUUCAAGGAUCUAAAUGCACUAAACUUGGCCAUUCAAAAGGAUGAGUUGGUGCUCUGAUUCAAAACUAGAUUUAAGUGGAAUUUAUAUAAUUAAUGCAUUUUAAUUUAAAUUUGUAAUUGGCACUAAAGAACAGAUGAUUAACUUUUUUGAAACUUUUAAAUUUGUUAUUUUUAGAUCACCUCUCUUUAUUCUUGUAGGUGUGAAAAUUAUCAACUUUAUCAUUUCAUUUUAUCCUUCUAUUUCUUCUCAUGUAUGUUAUCUUAAAUAUGUAUUCAGAUUUUGAAAUAUUAUAAUCAAAAUUUAAGAUAUUCCUUCAAAAAAGAUCUGAUCAUGAUCGUGUUUUGGUUGUAGUUAGUUACAAAAAAGUUUCUGGCGUAAUUAGGGAUGGCUGGAUUAAAUAAGGACAGGGAUGUAUUAUUUUAUCUGCAUUCAUCCCAGUUAAAGUCUAAUUUUCUUUUGGCUGUAUAGUUAUGUAGACUUUGACAAUACUUGUGUUAACAAUCAAGUGUUUAUAUAUUUUCUGUCUGGUUGUUGCUAAUGUUGUUAUACAAACAUUCAGAGUUGUUAUUCUCACAUUCAUUUAAUUAUAUUGUAAAGUUUAUAAACUUGAAACUUACUCAACAAACAGUCAUUGGUAUUUCUUGUUAUAAUUACUUGUUAAAUCUUGUCCUUUUAAUUGAAUCUUACAAUGGUAAGACAUUAAUGGAAUAUUUCCUACAAACUUAUUUAUUGUGAUUAUCUAUUAUGAUUUAAAUACUACAUCACAUUAAACAUGUACCUUUAAAGAAUCUAUUUAUAUACUGAAAGCAGAAUAUUUAUUAUAAUACAUAUCUGUAAAUGCAAUGUAAGUUAAAAAAUGUAGUUUAUAAAGGAAAAAUCCUCAUUGACUGGAGUAUGCACACCAUUUUAUUCCCCAUGUUUGGAUCUAAAUAUAAAAUUGAAUCACAGCAUUCUGAACAUAGUCAAUUAUCUAAUAGUUCCUAUUAAUUUCAUACAAUUUAUAUUUGUGUUACAGUAAUAAAAUUUAUACCCAA